AUGAUUUCACUACUACAAGAAAGGCUUUGCUUAGGAAAUAGCAUAUUGACACCAUAUUGGCUACCAUCGGACGAUCCGAUCGGUCAACGAUGUUAUAUGCAUCUCAGAAAACGUUAUCAAAUGCUUGACCAAUUGAUGCGUGAGUCCAAUAGUCUAUUAUUGUUAUGUAUGGCUAAACAUUCGGAAUCAUUUAAUGAAGAUCAGAAGCAGCAACAUUGCGAUCAUUUAUUACUUGAAAUGGUGAAUGUACUGAGAGACAAUGAUGGUAAUCCAUUGUUGACUAAAUGCUUCCAAGGUAGCAAACGAUCUGAACGACAGUGUGGACCACUACGACAAUGCUGUAGUGCAUAUGAUAGGUGUAAAGAGCUCGUAAAACAAUCUUUCAUUACAAAACAGAAACAAAUAUUAAUUCAUGAAAUUCAGUUCGCUGCAAAGGAAUGCAAAGAAGGUAUUUAUCAAUUAAACAAUGCCACAGAAUCAAUUAACAAAGCAACUAUUUCUGAAAAUUCUUCAACCUUAAUUACUUUUACAAAUCAACCGGAUAAGGACGAUCUUCUGGAAAGUUAUCUACGACAUUCUCCUAGUCAAUGGCAUACGUUUUUAAAAAAUAUACUUGUCAAGGAAGCGCAGAAUACAUCAAUAUUUCGAGGAUAUGAUACAGUACGGUAUUAUGGUCCUAAAGCUGGUAAAAAUGAUGACUAUUACCGAAUAUUGCCAAAUAGAACAGAUGAAAUCGAAGAAUUAAAUAAUACAGAGCAUAAGAAUGAUAUUAAAGAAUAUCAAAUUGGAAAGAAGCAGGAAAUGCAUCCUAAACAAACCGAAGAAGAAUAUGACGGAAACUACUGUGACAGUUACAUAAAAUGUCGAAGAAAAGUGGAAAAAACUAUGGAUCGUUGUCAAAUGGUUUGGAACAGUGUAAAUCGGAUACCGUUGUUGUCAACUGCUACAUUACUUGAAAUGGGCGAUCGUUGUGUUAGUCGAGGUGACAACAGCUUUACUGAGCUUUACAAAUUAGCUAUUGAACGGGACAGUGAGCUUCAUGGAUGUCUAAAAAUGUAUCAAGAUCAGACUAACGAAUUGGCGACAUGCCCAGAUACAAACCGAAUUCAUUGGCAAUGGUCUUCUGACAUACUGCAAAAUAUCACAAGUAAUGCUGAUUGCUUAGCUCAGGUGAAUUUGGUGCAAUUUGAAUGUGCGCAAUUGAACAAAUGUUGUUCAAAUUUUCACAGAUGUCGAGAUGAGACUUUGGAUGCCAAAUCAGAAUUACGAAUAGAAUUACUUACAGUGAAAUUAAUAAUAAAAUAUCAUGAAUGUAUACGACAUCAACUGACAACAAUGGCAACAUCUUCUUUGAUAAGUGAUAAAUUUUAA